UUGCGCGGCAUUAUGGCAGAAGAGAACCGUGGAAAACGGAGGAAACAGGCGAAUCCGCGAAGGAACCAAGUAGAUACAGGGCGCUGCCUGGACUCUGAGGGAGAGGAUGAGUCAUGUGUAUGGGGCCCCGAUGUGCAGGACGAAACAAAUGGGCAGGAUAAGAUGAGUCGGACACCCAGCGAGGACACAGAGGCCGGCAGCCCCGGAUGCUUCCCCCACACGAGGAGCCCGAGCUCCCCCGAGCAGGCCUGGGACGACACAGAGUCCACUGCCCUGCACACUGCACCCGGGGAGACGGAGAAUGGCGCACACAGCAUGUACACACCCAAAGAUUUCCGUGUGCUGGAGAACUGGGGUCGUUACGACUUCCUGAUGCCACCGCGAAAAGCAUCCCACCUUUCUCACCCACAGCACACUCAGCAACUCAACGGUUCCAUCACCUCCUACCACACAGGUGGUAUGCCAGACGCAUCAGGCACCUUAUCUCCAGUUCUGAAGUCGCCUGAGGGAAAAGAUGCAGAGCCUGUCAGCCCUGAUGCCUCACUUCAGAUGUGCCCAUUCUGCGAGCAGUCAUAUGGGAAUGACGCCUCUCUCCAAGAACACAGGAAGCAGUGUCAGGAGAGGGAGAAAGGCCAUGACGUCUGCCCACUCUGUGAAUACAACACUCCCUACAGGGCACAAAUGGAGCGACACCUUAGCCUGCAUGCCCAGACACAGGACAAAAAUCCUGUGUCUGACCCCACCAUGGAGAACAGGAAGUUUAAAUGUAUACAGUGUGGAAAAGCAUUUAAGUACAAACAUCAUCUCAAAGAGCACCUGCGAAUUCAUAGUGGUGAGAAGCCCUACGAGUGCUCAAACUGUAAAAAGCGCUUCAGUCAUUCAGGCUCCUACAGCUCGCACCUUAGCAGCAAGAAGUGUCUGGGUGGGACUGGGUCAGGGCACGGAGCAUAUUUUAACGGUCACUCACACACCACCUACCUCCUCGCCCCCCCAACAUCACCCACUAUAGGCGGGAGUAGGAAUAUUUGUAUAGGAAAGGGCUCUCCAUAUGCUCCACUGAGUAAGUGCUUUACAGAGCAGCCACCCAAUCAAGGACAUGAAUCUAUUAUGUCCACCAUACAAGUCCCAGAGCUGGGGCGGGCUUGGGAUCCUGUUGUUGCCAUGGGGACAGGGAUGUUUAAAGAGGCCACCCUUCUUCCCUUACUGCACUCCGGGGGCAAGUUUGAACAUUUACUUCAGGAAAUGUUGCGAAAGGGGGUGGUGAGAGAGGAGCAGCAUGGAAUCAAGGAGGAGAAGGAUGGAGACAAGACAGAAGGGAGAGAGGGGAGGAGCGAAGCGUCUGUUGAGGCCGUGUCAUGCCAGUGGUGUGCACAACUUUUCCCAAACGAGGUUGUUCUGAAGCAGCAUGAGAAAUAUUUGUGCAGGAGCAAAGACAGAGAGGAGCCUGCCCAGUCAGUCCGCCGCCAUAGAGAAGGAUCACCACUCAACUUUUCCCGUGAUGCUCAUUUCCCUCAGGACAACCACAAAACGCAUGCCAGCCCUAAUGGGCUGCCCAGAGAUCUCUCUUCCCCUCAGCAGCCAUCCUGGCAUUCCAUCCCACAGCAACUCCUCAUACCGCUGCAGUCUCCUGUGCACCUCCGUCUAGACCCUGCACAUAACUAUUGGCCAAACAAAGAGAGCAGCAGCCCGAGAAACUCUGCGCUCAUGAGCCCUACCUCACCCUCUCUGCAGGAACGCCAGCAUCCUCUGUCCUCGGGCUUUGGCUCUCCACCCUGCAUUGACCUGUCAAUCACAACAUCGCCAUGCCGCCCCAACCAACACAGGCUGUCACCUAGAUCAGAGGUUUCUCAGAGUGAACCCUUAGACCUUUCCAUUCCCAAAACCCGCGUGAGCUCAGACAUGGCCAGGGAGGCCAGAGAGCGAGCCUGUAACAGCAGCUCACCCCAGCUGGACAUGGAGAGUGUGUUUAGAAGGUUAACUCCACCUUCUCAGCCCCAUAUAGGUGGAGCCUAUACACCCUUAUUCAGAAGUGCAGUUUUCAGCAACUAUCCCCUUUUCAGUCCCAUAAUUCCAAGUAACCUUGCAGGGAUGGGGAACAAUGGUCUCACAUCACUUCCUCUUACACCACCAGCUCCCAGCCCAGGAUUUCUCUCACCUAUGACAUACAUGAUGGAGGCAGACUCAGAGACAAUAGUGAAAAGAAUACAACAGGAGAGAAACUUCAUGGGUGAAGCGGUAAAUCGCAGAGGUCUGGACUAUCUCGCUCUGAUGGAGGAGGGGAUGAAUGGAGAUAAUGGCCCAGGGAGAAAGCGGCUGAAGAAGACCGAGGAAGGACUGUAUGCCUGUGACAUCUGUGAGAAAAGCUUCCAGAAGAGCAGCUCAUUGCUGCGGCACAAAUAUGAACACACGGGGAAGCGGCCCCAUGAGUGUCAGAUAUGUAAAAAAGCAUUUAAGCACAAGCACCACCUGAUAGAGCACAGCCGACUGCACUCUGGAGAAAAGCCCUAUCAAUGCGAUAAAUGUGGCAAACGUUUCUCUCACUCGGGCUCCUACUCGCAGCAUAUGAACCACCGCUAUGCGUUUUGCAGUCGAGACCAUGACCCAGAUGGCCCCGGAGAGGAUCUUAUCAUGGGGCACACCGCCCUCUGCCAAAGUCCGCACAGAGAACCGAAUCCUGGGGCAGACAGAACUCCUCUGAGCCUGGAAGAAACAGCCACUUUCCUCAGUGAUUCCAGCUUGGAUGGAGCGCCACUAGGAUUCAGGGAGGAAGAUGACGAAGAGGAGGAGAGCUCACUCAGUAACCAUGCCCAUGAGAGGAAGGUGGAGAGGAGAAUGGGAACAGAGGAGAGGAAUGGAGGUCUGGAGCAGACAAGGGAAGAAAGUAAAGAGAAAGACGAUGAGAACGUGGGGGCUGGACAAGAUACAAAAAUGAAUCAUCACAGCAACAACAUCAAAGGAGAGCAGAAUGGAGAGGAAGAGAGAGCGAGGCACAUGAGGAAUCUAGAGACAGUAGGAGACUGCGGGACAGAGAAAUGAACAUUUUGGCUUCUACCAAAGAUGUGAAAAAAAAAAAAAAAGAGUAGUACUGUACAGUGACAGAGCAGUUGAACGCACCCACCAGGAAGUGCUUAAAGGUCUGACUCAUGUUGGACAGCAGAGGACUGGGUGAAAAUGCUGUGAAUGAAGACAAGCAAGUGCCUUCAGAUCUAAGCCAAUGCAAAUUAUCCAAAGCCAGUGCAAAACCAAUGCAGACUUAAACCAGUGCAAAACAAUCCAAACCUGAACUGUAUAUAUCUGCUAUAAUAUUUUGCCCCCUAAGCAGUGUUGAUCCAAGAGAUCUAUCAAAGAUGCAUGCAGCUUUUCUAACACCAUUCUCAUAUUUAAAAGUAAAGCUUUCCACACCUUUUGAAAAGCAAGAUGGGAUAAUAAUUACAUUAGUAAAAAGUUAUGCAAAAAUAUAUUUAAGUUCCACUACCCAAUCACUAAUUUAUAUUUACCUGGUUUAGCCCAGGUAAACAACUCUAAAAACAUGUAAACUACCGAAAUUGAAAACUGUGAGUUUUUUUUCUUAUCCUAAAAGCUAUUCAUAAAUGUGUUAGAUUCUGAUCCUCUAUGAUUUCCACUAAUGUAAUUAUCUUAAUUAUUUUAAUAUGACAAAAAGAAAUAUUAAUGGAUACCUAUUUGUAUUGGAAAAAGCAGUAUGAGCAAUAUGGGCAGACACACAAGCAGUAGCUUAGCCUUUAUUUCUGCUCCAUUUAUGCAUUUGAAACACAGUAGGAUCCAUUGCACUCUGUAAUGUAUUUGCACUCUCUAAUGUCAAAUUGCGUGCUUUUAAAUAUGCAUGCUGUUAUGUUGAUAUUGCCACUUACUGAGACAGAGGAUCCGUUAAAAUGGUUCAGUAGUUAUUGAACAUGUUUCAGUACAAAGUGCGGUAAGAAGUGAGAAGACUCCCGAGAAGGGAAAAGAACAGUAGAUUCUAGAAGGCAGAAAAAUUCUGAAAGCCUGCUAAAUACGAUGAUGCACUGUCUCUAGCUGCACUGAGACCGCAGGGCGACGCAGACGCUGCAUUACUGAGGUAUGCUAAUGUGUGGUGAUUAACCAUGCAAGAGUUCAGCUAGCAUCCGUAGCAUUUAGAGGGGGAAAUGGUGCUUUCAUUCAGGUUUGGCCUUUAUAACUGUUUAACUAAACACAGUGUUUGGAAAUAUUACCAAAUGUAUAGCCCCGUAAGCUAUUUGAACAUUGUUUUAUUUUGCAUUAGUUUUGCUUUUAUACAGAAUUAAUUAAUCUUUUUCUACUAUUUUAUAGACAGAAUUGUGCAUACACUUAGUUUUUAGUCUAAUAAAGUUGUAUAUAUCCAAUGUCAUGUUUUUACUUAUAGACCAAUAUGGGCUAUAGUCAAUAUCAACCUUAGAAUAAAAGCUUAGAAUAAAUGUUUUUGCUUGCCAAACAAGAAUCCAAUCAUUAAUGUAACCAC